GGAGCGCGGAUGGUGAGAGGGGCUGCUCGGCAGCGCCUGCCCCGCACUGGCCCGGUCUCCAGAACCACAGGCCUGGCGGAGAAGCCACCUCGCAGACGAAGAAGCAGGUUUUGUGUGUCAUGCCCUGGCUCUGCCUGAGCACAUGUGCUCUGUAACUCUAAUCACUUGUGCAAGUCAAGCUGCGCGCAACCAAACAUACUUCUGGCUUGGAGACUAAAGUUAACUCCCAAGAAUGAAGAGGUUGGCCAUCUCUCUGCCUUAGGUGCAAUAAGGGACUGAGUUUGCCCUGAAAGAAACCAUGUCGACAGGCGGGGUGGAGGAUGACAUCCCUCAGGGAGAGAGGAAAACUGUCACAGACUUCUGUUACCUGCUGGAUAAAUCCAAACAGCUUUUCAACGGCUUAAGAGACUUGCCUCAGUAUGGGCAGAAGCAGUGGCAAUCUUAUUUUGGGCGCACCUUUGAUGUUUACACCAAACUCUGGAAGUUCCAGCAGCAGCACCGGCAAGUUCUGGACAAUCGGUAUGGCUUGAAGCGCUGGCAAAUUGGCGAGAUUGCUUCAAAGAUUGGGCAGCUUUACUACCACUACUACCUUCGCACAUCUGAAACCAGCUACCUGAAUGAAGCUUUCUCCUUCUACUCUGCUAUCCGGCAGAGGUCUUAUUACUCCCAAGUCAACAAAGAAGACAGGUCAGGCCAUGCCUCAGUCUUGCCUGAACUGGUGGUUAAGAAACUGCGUUAUUAUGCACGGUUCAUCGUCGUUUGCCUUUUACUCAACAAAAUGGAUGUUGUGAAGGAUCUUGUAAAGGAAUUGUCAGAUGAGAUUGAAGACUAUACUCACCGCUUCAAUACAGAGGAUCAGGUGGAGUGGAACUUGGUUCUCCAGGAGGUGGCAGCUUUCAUUGAGGCAGACCCGGUGAUGGUCCUGAAUGACGAUAACACUCUUGUGAUCCUCUCCAACCGUCUCUCUGAAACAGGAGCCCCUCUGCUGGAGCAGGGGAUGAUCGUGGGGCAGUUGACUCUGGCAGAUGCACUUAUUAUCGGGAAUUGCAACAAUCAGGUGAAAUUCAGUGAGUUGACAAUCGACAUGUUCCGGAUGCUGCAAGCUCUGGAGAGGGAGCCAAUGAAUUUAGCAUCACAAAUGAAUAAGCCUGGAUUGCAGGAGACAUCUGAAAAGCCAGCAAGGAGGGAGAAUCCCCACAAAUACUUGCUAUACAAGCCAACUUUCAGUCAGUUGUAUACCUUCCUAGCUGCAUCAUUUAAGGAACUUCCUGCAAAUAGCGUCUUGCUGAUCUACCUGUCAGCCACUGGCGUGUUCCCUUCAGGUCGUUCGGAUAGUGAAGGUCCCUAUGAUUUUGGGGGUGUCCUGACAAAUAGUAAUCGGGAUGUUAUAAAUGGGGAUGCCAUCCACAAGCGGAACCAGUCAUACAAAGAAAUGCACUGCCUUCAUCCAGGAGAUCUUUAUCCCUUCACCAGGAAGCCCAUGUUUAUCAUAGUGGACUCAUCUAACAGCGUUGCCUACAAGAAUUUCACAAACUUAUUUGGACAACCAUUGGUGUGCCUACUUUCGCCAACAACAUAUCCAAAAGCGUUGCAAGAUCAAUCCCAACGAGGUAGCCUCUUCACCUUCUUUCUGAACAACCCAUUAAUGGCAUUCCUAUUUGUCUCUGGAUUAUCAAGCAUGCGCAGAGGACUGUGGGACAAGUGUCAUGAUUACCUUCGAAAAAUCAAUCGGGAUAUUGCACAAUUGCUGACUCAUUCCCGUUCCAUAGAUCAGGCCUUUCUACAGUUUUUUGGAGAUGAAUUCCUUCGCUUACUUCUAACAAGAUUCGUCUUCUGCUCAGCCACCAUGAGGAUGCACAAAAUCUUCCGGCAGGAAACCAGAAAUUAUCCAGAAUCCUAUCCCCAACUGCCAAGGGACGAAACUGUGGAGAAUCCACACCUCCAAAAACACAUUUUGGAGUUGGCUUCCAUGCUGGAUGUUCGAAACGUGUUCCUGGAAACCACCCUUGAUGAUUAUUAAAAUGAAAACGUGUUCUGGUUUCUUUCUGCAGAGGGGUGUUCCCAGCCGCAGGUUUUUGAAAUGGUGCAGUUUUCUAAUGUGAAGAUCCAGAAAAGGAGUUUACUUGAUUUUUAUUUUUAAAUUUAUGAUUAUUUUUUAAAAAAAUAAAAUGGCUGUUGGCACAGCUAUUCCAUUCUGUAUGGGGUCAAUUUUAUAUACUAAACCCUUCUGCCUCUUUAAAAAAAAAUUAAGACUAAAGAUAUCCCCUGGUUUUAAAUUUUGAUUUCAAUGGUUGAAGCUAACCACAUGACAAAUUAUGCUAAGUAUUUAAAUACUAUCACUUUUAGCCCAUGUGUGUGGAAAUUCUUUAUUUUUGUACGAUUUUUUAAAAAAAAUUGGAAGCAAAAAAUUCCAAGAAGAGAAUGAUCUUCUGUCCCCAAAGAUUCUGGAUUUAAAAUGUGAACGGUGAGACUGCACCGUGCAAAGCAGCGAUAGCAAUAAACAAGUCUUUCAAGACAAUACACUUGAUCAACUCAAGAGGGAGCAUCACGUCUGAAGGGAUAUUGGAGUGAUCCCAGAAAAUGUAGUGUUCCCCACAAAUUCCAUGUUCUUAAAUAAAGCUAAGUCACUUGCUGGUUAAGAAUGCAGGACAUUCCCUCUGGGCCUGAAAUAACUGGUUCAGGGCAUAUUACCACGUCAAGGAAUGGGCCCCCAGCUCUUUAGUGGACUACCCUCUGUGCCUCUUGCAGAGCCAAGACCCUUCUGCCUCAGGAGGAUGGUUAGGAUCAGUCUGUUUGGAUUUUGAAUUGCUCAAGGAAGAACUGCCUUCCUCUGCCACACAAAUGAGUACCAUUCCCCAGCUUUGGCCAGAGUCAUGCCUAGGAAUGGAAAAUACCAGCCUUUCCCUGCACAAGGACACUUGGCAAGGAGCUGCUUUGAAUUUCCACUGCCACACUUUGACUGUGAGAGAAUCUUUCAUGGCAUUCCACUAGAUCCAAGAGAACUGUUCAUCCUUGUUUCAUGACUAAUGACACAAAAUGCAUGUUGUAGUGUGGCAAAAAAACAAAAAUCACUGCCUGGCCUCUGGUGACUCGAAAUAAAUCCUUGUUACAGUUAUGAGAGAGAGUCAGUUCUCCCUCCUCGUGAGAAGUGUGAAAUCUUCCUGCAAGAGUUUGGAUGAGAUAAGAGUGUGGGGCACAUGGUGACUUCACAAGUAGAACCUUUUCAGCGCUUAUUUUGGGCUACGGGAAUCUCAGAGCUAUUGAAGGGAGGGCAGUUGCUGUGGCACCGGAGCUGCUGAAAAGCCAAAUGGUGGCAGCCAGGAAAUCAACCCGAUGUUAGGAGUAGAAUAGGUCGCCUGGAAGUGGUUUUGGAAGGAGUAAGGAAAGGGAUGCCGAGGAAGGGUGCUGCUUUCAAGUUGUCCUCUGCACCCUGCUUUAAGAUGAGCUGAGAUUCAACCAGUUGCUUUAGAUGAGGAGGCCUGUCCUAAAAGCUACAGUAAAGCACAACCGUCUUGAUGGUAUCAAGGUUGUAUUAUGCAUGUUUUUCUUUUCAGUCUAUUGUCAGUUAACAAGCUCUUUGUACAGUGAAAAUACUGCUAUGGAGGAGGGUGUUCAUGCUUUGCCGGCCUAGAAUAUGAACAGUUUUAUGAUAAGAGAAACAAGGUGCAGAGAUGUACUGGCAACUGAUAGUGCAGAUCUCUUAAUUCCACGUUGCAGUUGCUCAGAUGGUCCUGGGUGGGUUGCUGUGAGGCUCCUGUGUUAUUUAAUACGUUGCUGUCAGUCUUGGAGUCCAGUUGGUCAUUAUCCAGUAUAUUCAGGUUUAACCAACAGAGUGAGCACACAAUUUAAGCACUGUUUUAACCUUAGCGGGUGCAUUUUGUAAUAUGAUUAUAGGAUUUCCCAAAAAUCCACAGGAAACGUGUGUCCCCCCCUCACAAAGCUGAGGUUGGAGGGGGGUUGCAUAAACAACGCUUAUAUCCAUUUGUUUCCCCCCCCCCCCCAUUGGGUGGUCUCUUUAAGCCACUGGGUGUUCCCUUUUCCCCCAUUGGAUGUUCUCAUUUUUGAACAGGCUGUCAUGCAAACCUUUCUCAACCACUGCCCAGGAUAAGAGGGAAUGGUCAGUGGUUUGGAAACAAGGGGGAUUGAGAUCCACUGCAGAGCUGGGAAAGGCAGUACUUAGAAGUGAUGACAAAAGGUGCCUUAGGUCGGGCAUAAAGUGCAAUGGGGAUGUAGGCAAUGGAAACAGUUUGCAGAGCUUUUACUAUCCUCAUAGCUUGGCUUGAGAAUGCCUUCACUUUCAAUUGGCACUUGAGAGUAGUUGGAUAGCAAAGUAGCUUGAAUGGGGCCAGGUUUGGUGACAAGCACUGGUGCAUUUUCUUCUGUGGUGCUUUGGUCUUGCGGUCCCCUCGUACCUGAAAUAUGACGGGGGCUUUUUGUUUCCUUUUUAAAAUUACAGUGCAGAUGGAGUGGUGUGGGUUAUAUGUACAGAACGGACUCCAUCUACCAGGUGGGGGGUGGGGGGAAGGGGUGCUGCCUAUAAAUCUGUAUAUUUGUAGAUAUUUAUAUAUAUAGCAUAGUCUGAGAACCGUAUGUAUACAAAAUAAAAGAUGUCCGCCCAGGUGCAGAGUAGAAUUCAUUCCAUUUUGAGGUGGGAUCAUCAAGGAUACUGUUGGUCAGAUGGAUUGCAUGGGUCUGUGUUUCAGAGAUGGCAUUUGGCCAUAGCAAGUUUAUUAAAGGAUCUCACUAUUCAGAUAUUGGGGAUUUGUGUGUUAAAUUUGGAGGCAAAUGUUUCAUUAAUUGAACUAAUUGUGACCUCAUGAUCACCAACCAGAUUAUAAGUCUGUGAUGAAGAAUCUUGUUUGCCUCCCUGUAACAUAUUGGUGCCAAUUCAGGCCCCUCUCCAUCACUGGUAAAUCUCUAUGUAGGCUUUAAACUCCACAUCAGUCCUAGGGAAAACUGCCUAGGAACACAGAACGCCUGUACUUAAUCUGCAGUUUGUUGCAGUUGAUGUUUUAGAAGAUUGCCUUAAGCUCUCAAUUUAAACAAGGAGAUUCCUCCGGCUGUCACUUAACGAACAUGCUAAGAAUCUACAGUUGGCUCUGGCCUUCUUGUUCCGUUUUGCCCUGUUAUAUUGGAAUAGCACGUGUGCAUGAUCUUGGAAAGAAGACUUCUGUUAGCAUGUCUGUUUUGUACCCUCUUCAUCAAAUAAUUGUCUGGACUUUAGGUCAUAAUGAAACCAAGUAUGCAGAUUGACAGAACAAGUGCAAAACACAAGCAUUUUCUUCGGUGUUGCGCUGGUGUUGUGGUCCCCUCGUACCUGAGAUAUGGUGGUGGCUUUUAGUAUAACAGACAAGUAAUCAUCUACCCCAUGAGUAUUCUUGUAAUGCUGUCUUGCUUUCUCUCUACUGCUAAUGCAACUGAGAAGUUUUUUCCUGUGUCAAAUCUUUCAUUAUUUGUAGCAAAUAGUCAUGUCUCCAAAAGAUGAAUGAGUUAAAAUGAAAUGGAAGUGUUGAGGGCAGAAAUUAUUUCUGGCCUCGUUAUGGACAAUCAAGAUAACAAAAGAUAUCCUCUACUAUAUCAGCUCCACAAAUGUGAUUUCUCAGAUCAUACCAGGUGUUGUUGUAAUUCUGCAAUUGUCAUUGUAGGAAUUGGCUAAUAAAUGUUAUCUGGUGGUGUGGGGGCUGUAGCUCAACAGUAGAUCAUCUGGUGCGCAUGCAGAUACUCCUAAAUUCAAUACACUGGUAUCUCCAGUCAAAAGGAUUAAGUAGUAGGUCAUGUGAAAGACCUCUGCCGGGGACGCUGUAGAGCAACUGCCAGUCAAAAUGGCUCACAGGAAGAGUUUCAUGCUCAUGUUUAAUUGUUUAUUACCAAGGAGUGAGAUUGGCUGUAAGGGAAUUAACCAAUCUUUUAAUCUAGUUUUCAAUUGCAUUUUGGCAAUCUCUGCUUUAAUUUUUUUUUUCAUGCUAGGGGCAUAUGAAGCACCUUAUCGAAUGAACUGCCCUUUGUGUCCAAAUGUCUCCCUUUUAGGAACAUAAUAUAUUCUGUUGAACUGUAAAACAGACUUCAGCUUAAGCUCAUGAAUACACUUUCCAUCUUGUGCAUAUUGCUGAAGGUAGAUCAAUGGAGCAGUUGACUUUCUUUUAUGACCUAUGCCUGUAGUGCCAAUGGGUCACAUGUUGUUCUGUGUAAAAUUGGUUGCAGCCAACAAAAUCCAGAAAGAAAACAUAGAGGGGGCCAGGGGGGAAAGGCCAUGGCUUGAUCCAUUAGAGUACAUGCCUUGCAUACAGAAUAUUCCAGGUUCAAUGCUUGGCAUCUCAAGUUAUAAGGAGCUUCAAUGAUUAGAAGUGCACUCCUGUGUACUCUGCUGUUUGCUGUAUGUACAAAUACACUAGAAAAACAAAGAAUGUUCAAGCAAACUGCCUUUCAUUUAAGCCUCCAGUAACUCCAUGUUUUAAGAGGACUGUGCUCUUAUCAACAAAUUAUUAACAGGUGGUGCAUCAUUUUUGCAUAUUGGUAGAUGUUGACUUUUUGCAAUCUGACGAAAGGAGCUUUGACUCUCGAAACCCCCAAAACCUUGUUGCACUCCAAAAACCCCAAUUAUGCCCCCAAAACCUUGUUGCACUCCAAGAUGCUAUUGGACUCUACCUUUUUGCUAUGUAGACUUAUACCAGAACCUUACAUCGCAGACCCCUUCCCCAAUUAUUGGCAAGCUUUGAUAUAGGAAAAUAGAUUUAGCAGUAGAUGAUGUCACUGUGUAUUUGGCGGGUUUAAGUCCCUACAAAUGGAAACAUUGCUGCCUUCUUGCUUGAGCCAUUUUCAGAGGUUGUAGAGUUUCUCAGACAUCAAUAUUGUUUUGUUGUUGCAUUAAAAGUGACUAAUUAACAAAAUAUUAACGCCUUAUAAUCCCUAAAACUAUAACUAGGUUCUCAUUGUAUUCAACUGAUGUUCCCAAGUAGAAUUUUGUCUUGCUGGAUUACUCAGCAGUGAUCAAACCGUUUUUUUGAUGUUAAAUAAAUGGCUGUAUUCAAUGUCAAAAGGUUAUUAAGAAAGUUCCUAAAAUUCUGGUAGGCCCAAAAAUUAUUUCAGUAUUCAUUAACCCUGUGAAAAUGUUUCUCUUGAAACAUGUCUCUGAUUCAAAUCAAUGAAACUGCCUAAAGUCCAAGGGAGAAUGAUCAGGGACUGUGUAAGAAUUCUUGCUAUUUUGGAUUUUGACUAAUAUACCAUUCAGUCAGCUUCAGAAUCCUGUCUAAAUUUUUGCAGGCGUCUCUGAAGCUUGCCCUUUCUGAAUUAUUUCUUAGCCUUUGUUUAAAAAUCUGGGGGGGGGGGGUGUUGCACUUCAAUCCAUUUAUAACAAUAUUCUACGCAGUAAUUAGAUUAGUGUUUUAUGAAGACACCAUCUGAUACAUGCAUUUUUCUGUGAGAGUUCACAGUUGCUGUAGUUCAUGACCAUCUGAAGACCUCUGUAGAAAAACAUUACUGAAAUCUGCGCAAUCCAAGCAUGUUUGGGGGGUGAGGGUGGCGUUGUGCCUUGAUGGUAGAAUAUCUGCUUUGCAUUCAGAAGGUUCCAGGUUCAGUUUCCGACAUCUCCAGUUAAAGGGUGGAAGGUGAUAUGAAAGACAAUUGCCUGUGUUUCUGGAGAGACCCUGCCAGUCUGAGUAAACGCUACUGAUUUUGAUGGACUGGCUGAUCCAGUAUAAGCCAGCUUCCUCUUGGGCACCACACUAGCAAAUGAUUGCUGUCUUUGCGAUUGCCAGAUGUCACAGGGUGGUAGGCCAACUUGAAGCAUUGACAUUUAAUAGGUUUUAUUUGGUCUUCAUCUGUCACUGGAUAUUGGAAACUAGGAUGCCGAAAGUCUUACAAGACUUAAGGUAGAAAUUACUUUUCACCUGCCUUGUAUCUUGACAUUUCUGGUGCUCUUGAAUAGUGAUCUAAAAAUCUCCCAGAUGGCUUCUGCGAGAAACCUUUAGCUGAGUUCCUGUCACCUUUCUGCUCUGUUAAACUGGCUGCCAUUAAUAUGGACAUUUUGAUGUACUCUUGUGUUAGCCGUGCUUGAAGUGGCUAUUUGGUCUAAGUGGGUCUUUUCCUGUGUUACGUUCUUACAAGGUUAACCAAACCAACCCUUAAAAUGGGAGUUUCAGAAAUCCAGUUUGAUCUGGAGUCAUGUCUAGAUUCUGUUUUAGAAUCUGUUUUGUAUUUGCCACGCUAAAGUCUCAAGCACACUUGGAAAGUCCAAUGAAACAGUUGGGCAGCUUGCUUCAGUUAAAGGUUGUUGGUGCUCAUAUUGCAAGUUUCUUCAGGCUUUUAGUAAUUCACUGGAGCCAUGCUAACCUAGGCAGCAGAGCCAAGCCAUAGACUACAUUUCUUAUAUGUAAUUUAUUCUAUGGCUUUUAAGCUGUAAAGCACAACAAAUAACUUUUUUGUCCUGUUGGGUAGGUCAGUGAAAGGAUUAGGAAGGAAUUGGGGCUAGGGAAUUGUCUGGGAAGCAGAUAACAUGCAUACCUUUCUCUAGGAAGUGAAGACUCAGAAUGGAUUAUUUAGGAUUUACCCCCUUUUUUUGGUAUCAAUUGUAAAUUGACAGGAUAAAAUCCCAGGAACUAGUUGCUCAUUCAGAAAUACUUUCCUUGGAGAACUGGGAAGGACAGGGACAGGUAUGUAUCUACUUGAUAAUGCAUGAUAAAAUUGAAGGAACUAAUCUUGAUCAAGUUCUGAAGUUGCCCGUCAGAUUCUAGCUUACCUUUAACCGGUGGCUUUGAGUUUUGACAUCCCUAGGGCCUGAUUAGCAAUUCUGUUGUGGACCUUUAAACCUGUACUUUCUGGUGCCAUUUUGCAUGUUUAUUUGUAUUUUGUUUGCUUAUAUAGAGCUUGCAAUGUUCUAGCUCUGCAGAUGCUUUGUUUGGGUAUAUAAAAGUAGUGUAUUCUUGACUAUAGUGAUUCUCUUAGUCCUUUUGGUCAUAUGAGCAUGUUAAGAUAAUGACGAAGAAAAUAUAAAUUCAGUAGCUUCAAAUAGAAUUGAUUUCUGCUGCACAAUUAAAAUGAAUUCAAAUCUGUAAACAUUUUAUCAGACUGCAAGCAGCUGUCAGGAAGAGCUAUGAGUGCACCAGAAUAUAUUUUAGUCUCUGUAAUGCUGUGUUAGGAUUGGGUUCCCACUGAAAUUCUAACCAACUCAUUAAAAAGUAAAGUCAAUCCCAUUGUCUGCACCUAGAACGGCACAACGUUGACAAACGUGUGUGAUUUUUAAACAAUAAGCUUGUAUUAGAAAGUAAGAUGACUUUUUAAAAUCUUAUUUGAAAAUUGUAUUAACUUGCCUCGUUAGUAGUAAAAAGAAUUUUAAUCUGUGGCAAAUGCUUGUCUGUAAUUGAAAUGUUGUUGAACUGUGAUGCCAGUUGUAGGGAAUAUACAGCUGUAUCUUAGGAUCUCUUUGAUGAAGAGAUUGAAGCACAAGUGUUUUUACAUGUACCAAACCUGUUCUAAAUGCUGCUAGUCCAUAGUGCAUGUGAUAAUGCUGUAGGGUAACAAACCUCUGUAAUGGUUCACAAAGCCACUGUUACCUUUGUUACAUAACCACGUCUUGGUGCCAGUUUAUCUACAUUAUGACUUGAGAUUUUUACAACAAUUCCUGAUCUGACCAGUAUGAUGUGAUGCGUCUCUUAUGCUGAGAAGACCAGGGACCAUUCUUGUUUACAAGGUUGUAAAUUAUACUUUUUUUUUUCCUUGCCAAGAGUUCUUGCUUAUACACCAUAGUCCUCAGUUGAUGUGGAAACCUGAUGUCUGUCUCUGGUAAUACUGUCUCUAAUGCAUCUGAAUUACCGAAGCCAUAAACUCAACCAUGAAUGUUACCUUUUUCACUCCAUCAGUUCUCCCAGUUUGUUGGCCAAUAUUGAUUCAUGCUGUGUUUCGUGCAGAUGUAUUCCCAAGGAUUCAGUGAAAAGCUAUCUCAGCAAGGUAAUAACAGUAGGGCCUGUGGCAACCUUUUUGUAAAUCCAAAGCUUCUGCCACUACUCUACUACAUUUAUUGCUAUUUGGAAAACUUAUUCCAUUAAAUAAAUUUCAAAGCUAACACUGUGACUCUCUACAGAGCUGAUAUAGCGUCAAGGGAACAAAAUACUGUAAAAAUAAUGAUUUGUGUUGUACUGAGUAACAAGGAUGACAUUUCUGGGGUUUUGCUGUCAGUGUACUGAAGACUUUCAUGUUGGUUAAUGUUUGCUUGGAAUGUGAGUACAUCCAUCAGUUGUGAAUUACUGUACAUUAAUUUUGUACGAGACCCACUCAAAUUCUAUGUAUUACCAGUAUACAAUAAACAUAUUUGCUUAA